UUUUUUUUUUUUUUUUUUAAAAAAAGAAAAGCCAAAUAUAAACAGCGACUCCAUUUUUACAAGCUAGCAUCAAUGGGACGAAGUUUUAUCUCUUUGAUCAGUACCAACUAAACUCCAAUGUCUGAGCUCCUGCCAAUAUUCUUGGAAGUCGUAUACACUUUCCGUUUCCUAUAAUUUAGUUAUUGGGAUAUGAGCUUGGAGUGACCAUGAGUAAGGUAUCGAGGAAUAAUGUAACGAGGAAGGUCGGUAAGUAUGAGGUUGGCAGAACCGUUGGUGAAGGAACAUUUGCCAAGGUUAAGUUUGCUAGAAAUACAGAGACGGGUGAGAGUGUGGCCGUGAAAAUAUUGGCCAAAAGUACCAUUCUCAAGCAUAGAAUGGUUGAUCAGAUUAAAAGAGAGAUAUCUAUAAUGAAGAUCGUUAGGCACCCAUACAUAGUUAGGUUGAAUGAGGUUUUAUCUAGUCGGACAAAGAUAUAUAUAAUUCUUGAGUUCGUAACUGGUGGAGAAUUGUAUGACAAAAUUGUUCACCAAGGAAAGCUUCCUGAGAGCGAGGCAAGGCGAUACUUCCAACAGCUUAUAGAUGCUGUUGCUCAUUGUCAUAGUAAGGGCGUGUACCACCGAGACUUGAAGCCUGAAAAUCUCCUUCUUGAUUCAAAUGGAAAGUUGAAGGUGUCUGAUUUUGGUUUGAGUGCAUUGCCCCAACAAGGGGUUGAGCUUCUUCACACAACAUGCGGAACCCCUAAUUAUGUUGCACCGGAGGUACUUGGCAAUAAAGGCUAUGAUGGUGCAGCUUCUGAUGUAUGGUCAUGUGGAGUCAUUCUUUUUGUUUUAAUGGCUGGGUAUCUUCCAUUUGAUGAGACAGACCUUCCUACUCUGUACAACAAGAUAAAUGCAGCUAAAUUUUCUUGUCCAUAUUGGUUUUCUCAUGGGGCAAAGUCAUUGAUACAUAAGAUACUUGACCCCAAUCCGAAAACUAGAAUUCAGAUUGAAGGAAUAAGGAAAAAUCCCUGGUUCCAGAGGAAUUAUGUAGCUGUCGAGCAUAUGGAAGACGAAGACGUAAAUUUGGAUGAUGUUUGUGCAGUUUUUGACGACAUUGAGGACAAAUACGUAGCGGAGCAGUCAGAUGAGGGUGGUCCUUUGAUAAUGAAUGCCUUUGAAAUGAUUACCUUAUCCCAAGGGUUAAAUCUGUCUGCAUUGUUUGACAGACGGCAGGAUUAUGUUAAACGGCAAACUCGUUUCGUUUCUCGGAAACCAGCAAAAGUUAUAAUUUCAACUAUUGAAGCUGUUGCAGAAUCAAUGAGUCUCAAAGUACAUACACGUGGUUACAAGACAAGACUUGAAGGUAUAACCGGAAGCAAGACUGGACAAUUUGCUGUCGUUCUUGAGGUUUUCGAAGUUGCAUCAUCUCUUUUCAUGGUAGAUGUGCGAAAAGCUGCUGGGGACACUCUUGAAUAUCACAAGUUCUACAAGAGUUUCUGUGCCAAGCUCGAAAAUAUUAUUUGGAAACCAGCAGAAGGUAUGGCUAAUUCCAGUCUACUUAAAUCCAUGAAUUGCUGAUCCAUAUGGCAGAGUAAUAUAGUAAUGUCUCUAUGUAGCAGAAACACCAUCAAGACACUGUAAAACAUGAAAUUUGUAUCUAUACGUGUAAUUUAACUUUCCGUAAUAAUGGAGAAUCCUUAUUGUAAAUAGCGUGCCAGAAAUUGUCUCGGAAUGUAGUUAAGAAAAAAAAAGAGGUAUUGACUGAUUGUGCUUAUUGCUCAUAA